AUGGACGGGGGAAGCUCCAUCAACAACAUGUACUACGACACGUACCAGGGGCUCCAGCUGCCCGACUCGCGCCCCGAGGUGAUGAGUGUCACCUUCCACGGCAUCGUCCCCGGCAGGAAGGCCUUUCCAAUCGGCAAGGUGACGCUGCCAGUCACAUUCGUCACGCCGGCGAAAUACCGCACCGAGCGGAUCUCCUUCGAGGUGGUGAACUUCCGCGGACCGUACUACAACGUUCUCGGCCGCCGGGCGUUUUCCAAGUCCAUGGCUGCGCCGCACUACGCCUACAACAUGAUGAAGAUUCCGGGGCCACGCGGCAUCAUCACCGUCCGCGGCGACCCCGAGAUGGCCCUGGAGUGA